UUGUACUUUAGUUGUCUUCACCCUUUAUAACGCUAGCCACCUUGUUUUGAACAACUGCUCCAACCUUUGCCUUUGUUAUUCAUAAGAGAGACAUCACCACCUAACUUCACUUCUGCCACAAAAAACUUGUUUCACUUUAUUCUUUCAUCCAUUUAAGGACAAGGUUUGGAGGCAGAAAUUGAUUAUCACUUGAGUGGAUUGAAAUUUACAGAAAUUGUUAUGGGAAAACACUUGAUUAGUUCAGAGGAAUCUACAGGUCAAAUUCAACAAGUUAAUCAAGGAUGUAUGUGGGGCAUGUUUCAUAUUUUUGAUUAUCAUCGUUGGGGUGUCAAAAGGGUGUUUCAUUGCAAAAAGAAAAGACAUGCCAGAUAUAAGAAAAAGACCAGUUUGCAAGACCAACAAAAUGCAGUUACAGAUGCAGAAUCCCUAAAGGUAAGUCAACAUAGAGAAAUAUCAAAUGCUAAAGGUCAGGCUAGUAGUGGGAAUGCACUUCAUCAGAAGAAAGAUGUCAAUACAACAACAGAUCAAGGUUCCCUUAACAGAGACAUUUCAAUUAAAUUCAAAAACAAUGAUGAUGUUUUGGAGGUAAUUAAUGUGGAGAAGAAUGCAUUACUCAAAUUUCUAAGAGAUAUAGACAUUGGUGGUAAAAAAAUUCAUCAAACUCCUCACAAUAAAGCGAAAUUGACAAAAUCAGGAUCAUUUCCUUUAACCGCGCCUUCUAAGGUGAAAAACAUUAGCUCUAGUACCUUCCGGUCCAAGCAAACUGAAAUUUGGCACUUUCCCAAGGGGGAAAAGUUGCUAGCUGGAACUCAGGCUCCAAAAAAGCUUGGGUCAAGUUUAGUGAAAGAUAUUUCUUAUGAAACGUCAAAGCCUUCGGCGAGCGAUCUUGGAAUCGAUAGUGUCACGGCUAUGCAACAAAAACCAAGCAUUUCUUCAAGACCUUCUGAAGGACUAAGCCACAAAGGAUGGAAUCAAGUGGUUAUUCAUCAAUUCAAAGCUAUAAAACAGAAGAUAAAACAUGCGCUUGUGGAAUUCAAGAAAAGUGGUCACCAAGCAUCUGUCGAAGUUAUCCACAAUAAUGAGAAAGAGAUCUCACAAAGCUUAGAUGUUGGCGUGAUUCAAGAAUACAGAAAGAGUAAGAGCUUGAGUGAGGCUAAAGCUUCUGAAUCUGAUUCCAACAAACAUGAAGCUAGCCUAAUGCGAAGAACAUCAUCUCUUAACGAAUCGAUGGAUAGAUAUACUCAGUUGUUUGAGAAAAGUAUGAGCAAAGAGAUCAAGUGGCAAAGCUCGAAGUCUAAAAGCUUAAGAUUGACAAAUGAUGAUAAGAUUCACAAGAGUAGGCAUGCUCGUAUGUUUUCAAGAAGCAAUUUGUCUAUGCCUAAUCUUGAGUCCUUAGGAUUUAUUCUACACGAUGUUCUUAUUGAUACAAAUGAAGCAAAUAAUACAGUGGAAAGUGAUAAUGAUGUUCAACGUAAAUCAGUGAGCGUUCCUUUAAAGAUUGAUAAAUCACUUGAACAUUUCAAAGAGGCUGAAGUUGAUGAAACGGUUGAAGGGAGUGCCAGAGAUGUGAAUCCUAGUUCUUUAUCGGAUAAUCCAGCGGUGAAAACAAGCAUGACCGCUUAUCUUAGCAAGGAGGCAACAACAUCACUUGAAAUUAGCUGUCAAGACAAUAUAAUCAGCCAAGCAGAAGGAAAGGAAUCGAAUGCGCGCAGUUCAAAUGCAAGUGUGACAGACAUAGACACAAACAACAGUCUUGAAAAUCAUUUCCUUCACUUCAAGUCAUAUCCGGAAAACGAUUCCAAUUUCAAAUAUGUCAAAGACAUUCUUGAAUUUUCGGGUUUCAUGGGAAAUGAGCAGACCCAAAUGCGAUACACGGUAGACCAGCCAAUGAAACCAUCCUUAUUCACAGCUCUGGAAGAAAUUUUUCUUCAUGAAAAUGAGUGUUCUGAAGAAGAGAACAUCAAUAUGUGUGAUCACCAACUUCUCUUUAACUUGGUCAAUGAAGUACUCUUUCAAAUAUAUGAAAAUUCACCAACUUAUUUUCCAAAACCCUUUGCAUUCAACUACAAACUCAAACCAAUGCCUAAAGGGAACUAUCUUGUUAAAGAAGUAUGGGAUAGUGUUAGUUCAUAUUUGAGGUUGAGACCAGAGUUAGAUCAAACGUUAGAUGACGUCGUUGGUCGUGAUUUGACAAAAGGAAGUGGUUGGAUGAAUCUUCAACAGGAAGAGGAGUGUGUAUCACUUGAACUUGAGGAAAUGAUCAUUGAUGAUUUAUUAGAUGAAAUUCUCUUCUCAUGAUGUUGGAAACUCAACUAGAUUUAAUCAAUGGUCAAUACUGACUGAUUCAAGAGUGUUUCAGACUUUCAGUUCAUUGAUGAUUUUUUGAAGCAGCAUAGGAUUUAUAUGUUGAUUAAUUUGUAAAUAGGAUUGUACUGUGGCAGAUGCUGUGCAGGGUUGCUUAAAGAGUUUUGGUGUGUAUUAGUUCCCAUGUAAAGAAAGGGUUUUGCUAACAAUUAGUUCCCAUAUAAAACUAAUAAGAGUUUAAUUAACAAGCAUUGUCGGUGUAAAAUUAUUUAUUUUA